AUGACCGUUAGGUCACAGAUAUUUGGGUUGAAAGAGGGGAAGCCCUGUGAUUUUAGUACAAUGAAUACAAAGCUUAAUGAAAACGAGAUAAAUGAAAAAUUACGUAAUGUGAAUUCCAUCGAGGGAUUCUAUGCCGGAACUGGAAUUCUUAUGACAGGGGCGACAGGAUUCGUGGGCAAAGGCCUUCUGGAAAAACUGAUACGCACGUGUUCACACAUCGCUGCUAUUUUUAUAUUGAUCCGGCCGAAAUGUAACCAAAUGACAGAACAACGAUUUAAGAAGCUAAUAUAUGAUCCGAUUUUCGAUAGUGUCAGAGCACAAAACCCAACAAUUUUCGAUAAAAUUCAUCUCGUGGAGGGCGACGUGACUCUACCAGAUUUAGGUCUUUUGCAAAAAGACAGAGAUAUGUUGAUAGAGAAUGUAAACAUAGUGUUCCACGUUGCGGCCACUAUAAAUUUCCAUCAACCAUUGGAUAUGAUCGUCAAUGCAAAUGUGAAGGGUACCGCUAAUAUUAUCAAACUGUGCAAGGAACUCAAGCAUGUAAUUAGCGUUGUCUAUGUGAGCACAGCUUACAGUAAUCCGAAUCUAUCAGAUAUCGAGGAAAAGGUCUACACCACGAAUCUAGAUCCCUCUCUCGUGAUAGAUAUAUGUGACCGACAAGACAAAGAAUUGAUUAAUCUGCUCGAAGAAAGAAUUUUAAAAACGUAUCCAAAUACAUACACGUUCACCAAGAAUCUUGCAGAGCAGACAAUAUCCAACAAUAGCAAAGGAUUGACUGUUGCGAUAGUACGACCAAGUAUAAUUUGUUGCUCGCUAAAAGAACCGUACCCUGGUUGGUUGGUAUCUUUUGCUGGACAAUCAGGUAUCUUCAUGAAUAUCGGCAAUGGUAUUGCAAAAGUACUAUUGGGUAAGGCGGAUGUAAUAUCAGAUGUAGUGCCUAUUGAUUAUGUAGUCGACGUGAUAAUGUGUGCCGCGUGGCACGUCACGCUACAUAUUGAUAAUAGGGUCAAAGUUUACAACUGUACGAGCAGCGCACGUCCUAUCAAAUUGGGUGAGAUCAUAGAUAUCUUCGUGGAAUGUAGCAGACAAAUACCGAUGAAAAAUACGUUGUGGUAUCCGAGUUGCACGGUAGUAGCAAACAAAUAUGUUUACGAUGCACUGAAUAUACUUCUAAGUGUUUUACCUGCAUUUGCCGUGGAUAUCUUUUUAAGGCUUCAAGGUGGUAAACCAAUGGCAAUGAAUAUGAGCAAAUUUUACAAUAAAUUGGUCACAGCGACAGGCUACUUCAACUCGAAUGAAUGGUCUUUCAAAAGAGAUAACAUUGCCGACAUGAUAAACAAGGUGAAAACCUUUGAAGAUGGAAAUCUUGUUAAACUGGACUUGCAGGAUAUGGAUUGGAAGAAAUAUUUAGCAAAUUACUUGGCGGGAAUUAAGAUAUUUGUUCUGAAGGAAGAUUCUCAAUCUAUAAAUACAGCAGCGCAACGGUUAUCGAUAUUCUACUGGAUACGUCAGAUAACUAAAGGAUUCGGUAUAAUCAUUUUAUUUCUGAUAAUAUCGGUAACAAUAUUGCUAUGCACCGACUACUUCAAUGUUAUGUUUCCCGCUUGAAUCAAGAACAACGUAUAUGGAACAUUAUGGAAAAGGGCCUUGGAAUAGGAACAUGUCGCUACAUAUAAAGGGUGUCCGGCAGAGUUAUAUAUUAUAUACUAUAUAGUAUAUAUGUGAUAUGCUCUUCGAAUAAAAACUGUGGAUAAAUGAAGUUAUUUGUCAAUAUU